AUGUUUGCUGAUCGCUCAGACAUCCCGCUGAUGAUCUUUGGGGGAGUUGCAACGAUUGCUGGCUCAUUGGGACCAGCUAUAUCUGCAAUUCUGAUGGGUAGGGUGUUUAACGUGCUGUCGAGCUUGGUGAAUGGUGAAUUUGAAUCUGUGGGUGACUACAUGCAAGAGAUUAGGCUCUCUACAAUGGCUUUGAUAGCUUUAGGAGCAGGCUCGGUCUUGAUUGUGUGGGCAACUGUAACCUGUUGGAUGCACAUUGGUGAGAGGCAUGGAAUUAGGGCAAGAUUACACAUGCUGAAUACCUUCCUGAAGAAACCGAUUUCUUGGUACGAAGAGAACGAAAAGGUGAUGGGCGAUCUGACACAGAUCAAUAGAUGUGUCGAAGAGCUCAGAGCAGGUACAGCAGAGGCCACUGCACUAGUAGCUCAAAACACUGUUGCAACUGCUGCAUUGCUGGGUACCUCUUUCUACUACUCUUGGUCGGUGACACUGAUUAUGAUAUGCUCUUCGCCGUUGAUCAUCGCCUCUGUUGUUGUAUUCUCAAGACUGAUGGAAAAAUAUACAAACAAGGAAAACGAUCACUCUAUAGAAGCUGCCAAGGUUCUUGAUUGGUCUUUGAUUUCAGCAAAGAUCGUGAGACUCUUCUCAGCAAGGGAUAUAGAGUAUGAAAAGUUUUCUCGAAAAGUGACCGAUUGUAAAGACGCAUACACCAAAUUGUCUCUUGUAUCGAGCAUUAAUAUGGGAAUAGUGAGGUUUAUCAUCCUGUGCAUGUUUGUCCAAGGAUUUUGGUUCGGUUCAGAUCAGAUAGGAAGGGGGAACGUGAGCUCAGGUGAUGUCUUGACUUGUUUCACAUCUUGUCUCAUGAUUGGCGAGACCUUGAGAAGUACACUUCCUCAGAUCAUCACCAUCCAAAAAGCUAUUGUGGCAAUUAACAGGAUCCAAGAUUUGGUGAUAGAGGCAGUGAAGACAUGGAGAAAGGGAAAGACAACAAUUAUCCUGACUCACGAAUUCAACCAAAUUGGUCCAGAUGAUUACGUAUACCUAAUGGAGGAUGGCAGAGUGGCCGAACAGGGACUACGGAAGGACAUGGAGAAUGCACAGAUCUUUCAAUAUCUGGUUUCAUUACAGGAUAAUUAUAAGCCACAAGAGGAAGACAAUAUGUCAUCAGAAAUGCAUAUUGAGGAAUCGUUCUUGAACAGAGUCGCAAACCGCAUAUCUACACAGUUCCUCUCAUCAGUGAACCCAUUGAGCUAUUACCAAACUCAUGAGAUGGAAAAUUCAAUAGCACCACACCCAAGAGCUAUAAACAGAACUAUUGGUGAAAGGAAGUUAGACGAGGAGGAGAUCGAAGAGCGCCCCAGCUUGAGUCCUAUUAGAUAUAUUGUGAACAGAAUGAUGCAGACUGUUGAAAAGAAAUGGGCUCUAGCCUUUGGAAUUGGCAUUGCUGUUAUAAACGGUGCUGCUGGACCUGUAUUUUCAUACGCAUUUGCACAUCUUUUAUCAGGCAUUGUUCCUCAGGAUGAUGGCGUUGGAAGCCCAUACUAUUUACUGAAAUGGUCCAUGAUUGUGCUUGCAGUGGCUUUCGUUGACGGAGCAAGCCUUUUCUUAAAGGAGUUUCUAUUAAACUAUUCAGCAGAGGUAUGGGUUUACGGAUUGAGGAAGCAGGCUUUCAGAAAAAUAUCCAAACAAGGCAUGGCAUGGUUUUCAAAAACCAUUAAUAAUGCUGCAGAGGUCAACACUCUCCUGAUGAAUGAUUGCAGAGAUCUCAGAUCAUUAAUUUCCCAUUUUCUCGGUGUCAUUACAAGCGUUACUGUUCUCUGUACAAUGGGGCUGACCUGGGCUCUGGUUGAAGGUUGGAAGCUCUCUCUCGUGUGCAUUUCAAUGCUGCCAGCAUUUGUGAUAACUUCAUCACUUUAUGCCUUUCUGUUGCAAAUGUCUGAGAAUGAGUACAAAAAUGCCGUGGCGACAUUAGAAUCUCACCUUUAUGAAACGGUGAAGGGCUACAAGACCAUUCGUACUCUCCGACUUGAGAAGCACUUUGAAUCUAAAUUCCAUGAGAAAAUUGAUGUUUUGAAGAGGGCGGCCUCAAGAAGGGCCCUUUAUACUGGAAUGGGUGUUGCUAUAAGUAACUUGCUGGUCUUUGUAGUCCAAGGAGUUCUCUUGUACUACGGCAUGAAACUGGUUGGAGAUGGUGAGUACGAUGUCAUGCAACUGAUGACGACUUUUGUUCUUUUGGUAUUCUCAAUCAUGAAUUGUGUUCAGAUGAUAAACCAGAUACCGGACAUCAGUCGGGGUCAAAGAGCUGGAACCUAUGUUUUUAAUAUCAUAGAUCUCCCAGAUAGUGAUAUCGAGUCAAAGGGAGAUACGAUCCCCGAUUUGAAUACAAAUGCCACUGCUCAAUUCAAGAAUGUUAGCUUCUGUUACCCUUCAGCACCGGGACAGAAAGUGCUGAAGAAUGUCAACCUUGAAAUUAACCGUGAUGAAACUGUUGCGAUAAUUGGUGAAUCAGGGUCUGGUAAAUCAACGUUGGCACUUUUGAUUACAAGAUUGUACGAAUCAAAAGGCACAUUCUUUGAUGAAGUUGACUUGAACAGCAUAGAAUUGAAGUGGCUGAGAUCGCAAAUCUCUGUUGUUGACCAAAAGGCUAGUUUCUUUGACGGCUCGAUUCGUGAUAAUGUCACAUAUGGAUUGGACAAUUAUGACGAUGAGGAUUUGAUUAGUGCCUUAAAGCUUGCAAACAUUUAUGAGUUUAUCAUUUCAUUGCCCGAGGGGUUGGACACUCGAAUUGAGACGUCUCUGAUAUCCGGUGGCCAAGCGCAACGGUUAUCCAUUGCAAGAGCCGUGAUCAGAAAGCCAAAGUUGUUGAUACUUGACGAAUGCACUUCUGCGUUGGAUGCUGAAAGCACUUCAAAGAUCGCUCAGUUGGUUAAGGAAAAUCUCAAGGACAUUAGUGUAAUGAUGAUAACUCAUUCUAAAGAGAUGAUGAAAGUUGCGGAUCGUUUGGUGGUUCUGAAUAAUGGACGGGUCGUGGAGGAGGGCACGUAUCAAGAUCUGUAUCGUAAAAGAGGUGAAAUGUUUAGAAUCGUUACAGCCGGACAGAACAGUUAA